AUGGCAGCACCGGCCGCAAACCUCCUCUCUCCACCCUCCCAGAUCACACCCAAUACUGCGCUACAACUCUCCCAGAAAGCUCCCCUCAUCCUCUCAUCCUCGCCGACUUCCUCGCUGCCUUGGCCGCUGUCGCUACUCUUCAGUCGCGAAACGCCAGAAACAUGGACCAUCCACGAAAACCUCCUACUUGCAGCUCUCCGCACCGGCGACGAUGCCUCGGCCCGCCAAAUACUCGAUCGCAUGACGGAGCGCUUCGGCGAGUCCAAUGAGCGCAUCAUCGCAUUGCGCGGAAUCUACGAGGAGGCGCUGGCCAAGGACGACAAGGAGCUGGCCAAAGUCCUCGACGGCUACGGCAAGGUCCUUGACACCGACCCCACCAACAUGGCCGUGAGGAAGAGGGGCAUUGCCGUCAUGAAGAACUUGGGCAAGACCGCAGAGGCAAUUGCAUCCCUGCGGGUGCUUCUAGACAGCAGCCCCACCGACGCCGAAGCCUGGGCGGAAAUGAGCGACAUGUAUGCGAGCAUCGGCUCGUGGGGACAGGCCAUCUACUGCUUGGAGGAGGUCUUGCUGCUCAUGCCCAACGCAUGGAGUGCACACGCUCAAAUCGCAACACUUCACUACCUAUCCGCCCCUGCUUCCGUACCUGCAUUGGCUAUGGCACUUAGACACUUUGCGCGCUCUGCCGAGCUCAACGAGUCCUACCUGCGCGGCUACUACGGCCUGAAAAUGGUCUCCCAAAAGCUCCUCCCCCUACUCUCCGAUACCCCAUCAACCUCGAGACGCAACGCCGACGCCGACGACGAUGUACCGCCACCAAAGCUACAGACUAUAAAGAAGCUCGAGGAGCUCGCUACUAGUAAAUUGGCAGAGAUUGUCAGGCAAUAUAAGUCGGGAAGCAAGAAGUGGGCGGCAUUCGACGAGGCCGAGGUCAUCGCUGCACGAGAACUGCUCAACCGGGACGAUACAGCUGAGCGGUAG